UAUUAUCGAUGCAUGUUCGAGAUCCCCUUGAAAAUACUGACAUCUGAUGAUGAGGCGAAAGUUGUCAACAUCACACCUUUUACUAAAGUGCAAUCACUACUCAGUGGUUUGUUGAACGAGAGAGUGGUCAUCCACAGAGAGACGCCCUCAAGGAAGAAUCCCUUCGGUACAACCAACGCCUUCAACUAUCACGAUCUUAUUUUCGAGGUGCUUCCGCAAAAUGGUUUUCUAGCCUCAGUGACUAUCUACUCCCUACCUGACGGUAUUUAA